AUGAGUAAUUUUUCGAGUCCCAAAGAGGUAUUUUGAAUUUAGUUUGUUUAAAAUAGAAUAAAAAAUAUAAUAGAUAAAAAGGGUAUUUAAAAUGGGAAUUGGCAAAUAAAGAUGUUAAAAGUGUUUUUGAUUCAUUACAGUCUUUAAUUGAUAAAGGAUAAUUAAUCAAAGAUAAAAAGACAAAUACAAUAGCAUAAAGUAUAGAGAAAUAAGAAUAGCCAUCUGAAAGGAGUUUAGAUCAAUUAAAUGGACAUGAAAAUUUUUGUUGCAAUAGAUUAGAUAAUCUUAGUAAACAAUACGUAAAUAAAUAAUUACAAUUCAGUAACUAAUUAUAAAUGAACAAAUGAAUAAAUUGUCCGAAUUGAAUCAUCUAAUUUAGUAGCAUUCAAAAUUAUAAAUUGAAUCUUAUAAUCAAAGUAUAGAAGAUGCUAAAAGUUCAAAGCUAAAGGAAUAAAAUCAAUUAGAGAAUAAUAGAUUUUUACGAGAAAAAGAUAGAUUUAAAUCAGAAUGGGAAGAAAAAUAUGAAAAAGAAAAAAAAAUAGGAGAUGAAAAAGAAGAAUAGAUUAAGUAAAAAAAAUAAAAAUUUUUAAAGAUAAUUAGAAAAUAAGAUUAAAGAAUAGUUUUUAAAGGUUACAGUUACUACUAGUAAAGAGGAAUUAGAAGUAGAGAAAAAUCAAUGGAAAAAUAAAUUCAUUUCAUUAAAUAAAUAAUAUAAUGAAAAAGAAUAAUAAGUUGUUGUUUUAGAAAAUGAAAUUGAUAUGUUGAAAUAGUAAAAAAAAAAGAUUGAAGUUAAGGUAUGUUUUAUAAAAUAAUUACUUAGGCUAAUACAAAAAGAAGAACAAUAGAAAAAGAAAUAUAAUAAUCUUGA